UUUCGGUUGAGCAUUCUUGGCAACGUCUCGCUCAGGGAACAGCAACUGGAGGCUGCUUUUUAACCAUGUCUGGAGUCUAAUCUUAAUGUCGUUGGAGCCGGAGGACGACCCUAGUCGCAGUUUUAUGAAGAUCUUUAUUGGACUUGAAAUAACCUAAGAAGAAGGAGAAAGAGGGCUGGUCCAUCAUGGAUCAGUGAAGUGGGCCCCAUAGAACAACAGUGAUGUUUUUGGACGCUGGAGGCUGUACUGAAGACAGCACAGUGUGUGUGGGCCCCCUUCCUCUCCGUUUCUUGCAUCCCUCCUGACAUGGGAUGCCAGCCCCCUGCCCACCUGGCCUCCAUCUUGCCCUGAGCUCCCUUGGGGCACCAUGAACAGCUACAGAGACAGGGGGGUGACCUGCACCUCCUCAGACAUUCUGGACGGGGGUGGCGAAGGCGGGCUCCCGCAACACGUGCCGUUUCAUCACACCUCCAAUGGGCACCCGGUCCAUAUGGAUGCGACCAUGCAGCCGCGCAUCUCAGUGCCUAAAAUGGGGGUCCGCGCUCGGAUCGCAGAGUGGCCCCCGCGUCGGGCCCAGUCCAGAGAGUCGCUGCUUGAGAACGGUCAAAUGAGCAGCCAUCACAACGGCGACGACUGCUCCACGUCCAUGUCGUCGUCGGUGCUAUCGUCGGACGUCGGGUUGGUACGAGGCGGAGUGGCGCGGUUGCCACGGCGGUGGUCCAAAGAUGUGGAGUUCCGAGGCAGAGCGUAUUCCACUGAGAGAGGUUCACCUUUGAGCCUUCGCGUCCUCCCACCGUUGAGGCAGCGCUCCAAUAGUGAGGUGACGCUGAGUGAACAGGAUGAGAACGAGGUGGAGGUCCGUGGCGCAGGAGUGAUGGGGACCUUGUUCAGAGAGUAUGGCAGCACCUCCUCCAUCGACAUCCAGGGGAUCCCCGAGCAGAGCUUUUUCGACAUGCUCACCCAGUUCCACCAGGAGAGGCCCGACCAGCGCAGCUCAGCACCCUCGCGUCUCAGAGAGCUGCUACAUACGGCGGACUCCCAACCGACCAGCACUCCUUCGCCAGGUUCUACCCUGAGUGGGGACGAGCGAAGGAAGGAUGGAGGUGAGCGCGUGAGGAAGAAAAGCGGCGGCACGGAAUCAUCACUUGGGACAUCGUCGUUGUUCCGGAAACUUCGGAGCGCCAGUCGAGCGGAGCAGGACGGUGGUAAAGGAGAGACAAGUGAAGAUGGAGGACGGGGUUCAUCCGAUGUUCCCUACAAAGCGUGGGUUUGCCCAAAGAGUUUUGUCCACUACGACGCACAGAGUAUCCUUUUUGACCUCCACGAGGCCGCAGCUCAACGGGGCUAUGUGACCCAGAGGAGGAACACGGCUACAGGGGCAUCGGCCGCCUCCGUGUCUCUAUCUGCGUCCAGGUCCUUGGCUCUUAGCGGGAAUGAACACAUAUACGCCAGCAUUGAGGAUUUAACUCUGGGCCUAGACCCUAGCACAACCACUCCCUCUAUGGUCGUGGACCCUACGGACGUUCCUCCCAGAGCCUACAGCUCAAGUCCGCUGCUCCUCAGCUGCCCCCACUUCCUCAACGAGACGGGGGGCCACGGGGAACGGAACAUCAGCUUCCUCAGCUCAUCAGCGGAGCGAGGAGAAGGAGGAAGAGAUGGAGUGAUGGGUUGGUUGAGGAGAUGUAACGCCAGCGUGUCCGUGGUGGAGACACCUAUUGAACAGCAGGUCACGAGACUGGAAAGACUGAAAGAGUACAGCAUAGAGCAUGUUGAUCUGGGGGCUAGGUACUACAGAGACUACUUCCAUGGGAAAGAACAUGCAAAUUACUUUGGUACCGAUGAAAAGCUGGGUCCCGUGGCCGUGAGCAUCCGCAGGGAGAAACUAGAUGACACCAAAGAUCUGAAGGACCAGUAUCAGUACCGCCUGAUCGUGAGAACCAGCGAGCUGGUGACACUGCGAGGGUCCAUCUUGGAGGACGGGGUGGCCUCGACAGGGAGGCAUGGCACGGUGCGUGGCCUGCCCCUCAAGGAGGUCCUGGAGCAGGUGGUCCCUGAAUUCAGCGUCUCAUGUUUGAGACUUGCGGUCGGCACUCCUAAGGUCACGGAGCAACUUCUUAAGCUGGAUGAACAAGGGUUAAGUCAGAAGCACAAGGUGGGUGUUCUGCUGUGCCGUGCGGGCCAGAGCACCGAGGAGGAGAUGUACAACAAUGAGGAGGCGUCGCCCGCCUUCUCGGCCUUCCUGGAGCUGUUGGGCGAGCAGGUGCUCCUUAAAGGUUUCAGCAAAUACGCCGCACAGCUCGACACAAAGACCGAUUCUACCGGCACCCACUCCCUGUACACCGCUUACCAGGGCUAUGAGGUCAUGUUCCACAUAUCCACCAUGCUGCCGUACAUGCCCAACAACCCACAGCAGCUUCUAAGAAAGAGGCACAUUGGGAACGACAUUGUCACUAUCAUCUUUCAGGAGCCGGGAGCAUUGCCGUUCACCCCUCAGAAUAUUCGCUCACACUUCCAGCACGUUUUUGUCAUUGUCCGUGUACACAACCCCUGUUCGGAAAACACCUGCUACAGUGUUGCUGUCACAAGAAUGAAGGACGUGCCUCCUUUUGGCCCACCCAUCCCGAGCAGCGUCACCUUCCGAGACUUGGACACUUUUCGGAACUUCCUGCUGGCCAAAAUCAUCAACGCGGAAAAUGCGGCGCACAAGUCUGAGAAGUUCCACACCAUGGCGACCCGGACGAGGCAGGAAUACCUGCGCGACCUGGCCGAGAACUACGUCAGUAGCACCCCCAUGGACUCCACCGGCAAACUGAACAACCUCAUCUCCCUGGCAUCAAAAAAACGUGAGCGCUCAAAAGCACGAGACGUGGCUGAGUUAGGGGCUGCUGGGGCCGUCGCAUGGAGGGUCCUGGCCCAGGACUUUAGUGGCGGUGGUGCUGAGCUCCCCUGCGCCCUGGGAUUUUCUGCCGAAUACAUCCUGUUGAUGGACUGCUCCACCAAAGAGGUGGUGUUCAACUGCUUCUGCGCCGACGUGAUCGGCUGGACUGCUGAGCGCUUGGCCUUGAAGAUCUUCUACGGCAGAGGCGACCAUAUUGCCGUGCGGGUGCCUGAGGGCUGCGCACAGGACAUCAGGGAAAUGGUCCAGAGGUUGAAGUCACUAACUGUGGGAUGUGAGACAGUGGAUAUGACACUGAGGAGAAACGGACUGGGUCAACUGGGCUUCCACGUGCGCUUGGACGGCACUGUGGCCGAGGUGGAGGAGUACGGGUUUGCCUGGCAGGCGGGCCUGAGGCAGGGCAGCCGCCUGGUGGAGAUCUGCAAGGUCGCCGCGGUGACGCUAACUCACGAGCAGAUGAUUGACCUGCUGAGGACGUCGGUCACGGUCAAAGUGGUCAUCAUCCCCCCAUACGAAGAGGGCGGGCCGCGGAGGGGCUGCACAGAGGAGCACGAGAUGAAGACCAUGGAGCAGAAGCCUGAAGCUGAGCCUUUGGCCGCGGGCUACCGACCCUCCCCUCGCACGGGUUGGCGCUGGGACAGCCCGCCCGUCCCUCAGGGGCUGCACGGCACCCCCAACCCGCAGCGGUGGGCCCCCAUGGGCCCCCCACCACCGCCUCUGCGUUCCUCCCACAAGACAUUAAUGCCUGUUCCUUACAGGGAGCCUCAGCACUUCAACUCCAAGAGGCCGGUCAGCUACCCAGAGAACCACUACAACAUAUCUCCUGCAGGGGGUGACAGAGUGCUGCCUUACAGAAACCCCUCAGCCAGCUUCUCAUCGCCCUCCUCGGGCCUGGUGGGCCUCUCCACCAUGGGGCCGCCCGGAAUCACACCGGGGCCCUUUGUGCGCUACAAACAUUCGCCUGACAGUGUCUAUGACUAUGGUCAGCAUGUUGCACUCUUUUGUGCUCCGUGCAGAUACGGCACAGGACAGCGCUCCCUGCUGCCCUAUGAGCCCCACCUCAGCAUAGACAUCGUGUCCAGUGGAGAAUCGUCGUCGGGAUUCACCAGUCAGGAGAGCACCAUGGAGCGCUGCAAAACGGAACCCCUCUGGCAUGUUCCAGCUUCGUCGUCCAGGGUGCAGGCUGGUGGAGGAGGAGGAGGUCAGAGGAGACUGAGACAGGAUGUCCAAGGGAAAGACUCUCCAAACAGACACUCAAAGGGUGAGACUCAAUACUCCAGCCACUCCAGCAGCAACACGCUGUCCAGCAACGCCUCCAGCAGCCACAGCGACGAGCGCUGGUCCGACGGAGGACCCGCAGGCGACAGGGGCAACGGGGGUUUCCCCGGCGAUUCCGCAGAGGUAGAUCCGGACCCUCUCAACAAGGGCGGAUCCAACGACAGCGGCAUCGAUGCGCCAGCCCAUUACAACAAUCACAACAGUCGCCACGUUUCCGGCGGCCAGCCCCACAAACCCUCGCACGGCGCUGUCGCCUACAACCAGGAGGUAUCUGUGGGAAGGAGUAGUGGCGGCAGGGGGGACGCCAAAAGACGGGAGUCGUCACCCGGCACUUCGGCUGCGGCCAGUCAGAACAAAGGGUACCGCACUCGGACGUUCCCGCCUCCUGGAUCCAGUGCUGAAAAAAUGGAUGCUUUCAAACCAAGAGCCUACACACCUCAGGGUUACAAGACACCCACGGUGGACAAAGCACGGCCCAUCCGCGCCUCGACCACUACGCCCACUUCGGCCCACCUGAUCUCCGCCCCUCUGUCUAGCUCCGCCCCCAAGGCCUUUUACGGAAAGAGCAGACAAAGUGACUGGCAGCCUGAAGAUGUCAGCCCGUCGCCUUCCAAUGCAAAAACUUCGUCCAGCUCUGACAACAGCAACAGCAAGACUCAGGUGGACAUCAAUUCAAAGAACGUGUUCGGACAACCGCGACUGCGAGCGUCGCUGAGAGACCUGCGCUCUCCGCGGCGGACGUACAAGAGCACCAUCGAGGAUGACCUGAAGAAACUGAUCAUCAUGGACAACCCCGGAGAGUCUCCGCAUCGGGAACCAUCCCCCAGGCGUACGCUGCAGCGCACCUUUUCCGACGAGUCUCUGUGCAGCGGUCGCAGGGACGCCAGUUUCGCCAUCUCUGAAAAUCAGUCGGCCCCCAUGGACAUGCUCUUCACGUGCACUCUGCCCACACGCAAGCACUCUGCCUCCUCCAACCACACGGAGCCCAAGAAGGUCCCGCUCUCUGCGUCGGAGCUGUCCCUAACUGAGGUGAGAGACAAAGUCCCCCCGCUGAGGAGGCUGGACCCCGGACUCAUGCCCCUGCCUGACACUGCCUGUGGACUGGAGUGGUCCAGCCUGGUCAAUGCUGCCAAAGUCUACGAAGCACAAAGAGCCGUGUCACUCUUCUCUCUAACCGAGACACGAGGAGGCGGCGUGGACAUGAGGCCGGCCAGCAGUCCUGUGCCGUUUCCCACUCCUCAGACGCCACGGACCACACCCACCUUAAGCAGCGACGAGGUGCCCAACGAUUUGUCAGGGCGUCUCCACCAUCUGGAGGUGAUGUUCAAACAGCUCAACAAUGACCUAGAGAAAGAGAAGCAUGACAAGGUGGCGCUCCUGGCCGAGAUGGCCAACCUGCGUGAGAACAACCAGCGUCUGCAGGAGGAGAGCGUGACAGCCAGCGAGCAGCUACGCAAGUUCAACCGACUCUUCGGCGGCCACCCAGGCGAGGGCGAGCAAGCUGAGGACCCCACCACGCAUCAGGUGCCACCCAAGAGGGAGUGAACGUGACUGGACUGGACAAGACUGGACUGCCUUAAAACUGGAAACAUUUCCCCGAACCUUGCCGCACCCCUCUGAGCCUCAUAUUUUUCUAAAUCUCUGAUGUAUGGUUCCUACGCUAGAGUAGACUUUUUCAUUCACCUGGAGAGGCCUAAACACUGUUCCUGCAAGCAAAUCAGCCAAAAACACCAUGAUCGACUACAUCUCCCACAAUGCACUAGAAGUCCCGGAAGUGCUACACAGUCUUAGGUAAUGUAGAUAAGAUGCCUGUGAGGUACUCACCAAUGUAUAAUCUAUAUUGUAGUCAUAUUGUUGGUGGGUAUGUUUAUACGACAACAGCUGGGUGACAAACUAGUUUACGGCUAACUCAUGACCCCUCACCGUUUACACGGAGGACCUUUUCGUACUGGAGAUAUUUGUAAUGCGUAGAGUUCCUAGCAGUGGUACGAGUAUGGACGUUUUAAAGAAAACACUGCGCAUUGCCUCCUAAACUCACUUGCUAACAACACAUCACCUUUAAGCUUGUCUGCUAGCGUCUUCUAUGGCUUUGAGCGCUAACUAGCCACCUGGCUGAUUAGCAUUUCCCGCCAAUGGCUGGUUAUCCUUUUUAAGCAUUCAACUAACACACAACAGCAAUGCUAAGUUGGUGUUUAUUAAUGUUUUCUAUGGCUUUGCAUGCUAGCUAGCUCUACGCUAAUUGGGAUUUCUCCUUAAUGUCUUAUCCUUUAGAACGUGAGCUGAGUUGGUGACUUUUAGUUUUCUAUGGCUGGAGCACUAGCCUAGCUUGCCUGGCUAAUUAGCAUUUCUUGCUAAUGUCUUAUCAUCCUUUUUAUCAUUAAGCUAAGUGGGUGACUAAUAGAAUUUUUCUAUGAUUUCAGUGCGAACAGCCUGGCUAAUUUUCGCCUAUUUCACAUAAUUAGUUAUGAGUGGUAAUUAGCAUUUUGCGCUUAUGUCUCAUUGUCCUUUUUAUCAUUGAGCUAACGUGUCACCGCAAAGCUUAAAUGGUUGACUUAUUGCAUUUUCUAUUAUAUGAGCGCUAAUUAGCAGCUUGGCUAAUUUCCUGCUAAUGUCUCAUCAGUCUUUUAAUCAUUGAGCUAAGCGAGUGACUAACUUUAUCUGUAGCUUGGAGUGCUAAUGAGCCUUUCCUGCUAAUGUCUCACCAUCCUUAUCAUUAAGUUAACACAUUACCACAAAGCUAAGUCGGUGACUUUUUGCAAUGUUCUGUUGCUUUGAGUGACAAUUAUUUGCCACUAAUCAUCCUCCUUAUAAUUGAGCUAACAACACAAGCCCUUUUUUUUUUCUCUCCAACUUCUCUAGACAUUAUGCUAAAGUAAGCUUGCCUAACUGUUGCGUCCUACUAAAAAAAGUGUUAUUCUACUUGAUCCAGAAAGUGCAUAUAUAUUUUUUCUUCGUAGAAUUACAAGAUAUUUGUAUACUCGUCUUUGUAUAAAAAUCUCAAAUUGUACUUCUAUCAUUUACUGUAAAUGUGGGAGACAAAAUGCACCCCCCCACCCCUCCAGUCUGUGAAAAAAACAUUAUUUAUAUACUGUUGAUCUAUUUUUCAUACAACACGACAAGUUUGUGGUUCACAGUUGACGGUACUUUUUGAUAAUUCCGAUAAAACUGACUGGAACUGUUGAAUACUUGGCUCAGGUUCCUCAUGAUGCUGGACCUAAACGCUACACCACCACAGGUACUGUUAAAGGAAAAAAAAAUUGCGCUCUUUAUUCGCCAUUGUGGCUUUCCCUUUAAGGCUUCUUCUCGCUGGAAAUGAGUGAAGUUGAGUUUGCUGUGUAACAUUUUUGAAUGGUUUGAUGGUGGUUGAGCGAAGGCAGAUUAAGUCUUAAAUCAGGGGUGGGAAACCUAAUCUGACCCAAACUCAAAUGAUCUGUUCUGAAAAACCCAAAAACAAUAAAACCACACACGCACAUCAUUUUACCAUAGUUUGGGUUCCCCAUCCCUGCUUUAAGUUACUCGAUUAUUCCUACAUUGAGGUGUCUGAAAGUCAUGUUUUUGUUCAUGUAAAGUUUUUUUUUUUUUUUUAAAUAUAUAUAAUUGCUUGUUUUGUGUAUAAUGAAGCUAUUUAUAGCCUAUAGUGAUCCACGUUGAACAAAUCAGUAAUGGUAAUAUUGUAUAAUGUUCCUUUCUAGAUGUUUUGAUAAUUUAUUUUUUGGUUGUAACAACAGUGAGGAGAGGGUACUCGGUUUUUAUUGUCUUCAUCGUUGCUCUGGGCUGUAAUAAGUGUAUAUUUACAGUGUAAAUUAUGUUUUCAUUUUAUACAAAAUUAAAGUGAAUUAUCUCA